AUGCCUCCCAAAGAAUCAUCUUCCACCAAAAAGUGCGCUAACCCGCGGAUGGAAACUCCUGUCAUCAACUUCGUGAUGCAUACCUGCAGUGGUGCGCCUAUCAACCAAUGCAUGACAUUGAUAUUCGUCUUUGAAAGCUUCAGACUAAGACACUACCACCCACCAAAAAAAUCAAACCUACCCCCUUUGCCGAGGGGGAACUUGUUCAUGAGCUUCAACGACUACAGCGCCAUCCUUGCCCGGCACGCGAAAUCCUCCGUUGCUACCACAGAGCCACGCACUGACACUGAGUCUGAUACCCAAGACCACCCGAAGACUGAUGACCUUGUCACGGACGAUGAGGACAACAGUGAAGGACAAGCGGAUGCUCACGAGGGCGAUCCCAAAAUUCAUGAAUCCUUACCCCCCUCUGAUACUCCAGAGGAUGAAAAUUCUUCCUUGGAUGGCGCCCCUUCCUCAGAGAACAACUACCCGUACCGAAAUCAAGAAGCGAGGAGACAGGCUGAACACUGUGCAAUGCUUGCUCAGCGUGAUCCUUCCUCUUCGGAAGAGGAGUCUGAUGAAGAUGAUGAUGAAUACAAAGAAGAUCAAGAAGCCGACGAAGAAAAAGAAGAAGCCGACGACAACGACGACAAUGACUUACCUGCGCCUCCAUCAAAGACAAAAUUGCCCCAGAAGUGCGCACCUCCAAAAGCUCUCCCCCCAAAAUCCACAGUAACAGGGACUCCCCCAUCCACCCAGGUACUCCAGGCUGCUGCGCAUGUGACGAUGAAGUCGGUCGAGAAGAGUCCCAUCUCCAGUGCUCUGCCAAAAAGCUCCAUGGCAAUGGAGACUGAUGAUGACGACAAUGACCCUCCCGUCACUUCUAGACCUGGGCGGCUGUGCCAGGAAGGCAUAGACGACACGCAGGAGCUCGGGCGCAAGACACUUCACGCUGCCAAGUUAAUUGGUGACAAAUAUGGAAAAUCUGCACGCACAAUACUCAUCGAGGCCAGGUUGUCUGUGAAACACUCCAGGGCCGAGACCCCAUGGAAUAUGCACCAAGGAUGGUACAAAGGAAAAUAUCCUCGAGAAACUGAUGAAGAACUUAGUGAUUGGAGAAAGAGACAGCGCGACCACUACUACAACCUUGAAGACAGCGACCCGCUGUGGGAUGACAUACAAGCGCACUAUGAUGGUCACUUGGGCAGUGCUAGUAACAAUCGAUCGCGUGCCAGUAUUGUUAUGUCUACAAGGGACGCACUCGCUAAGCAUGUAACUUAUUCUCACUUAGAAGGCAUUGAGGUCAUUGGCUGUGUCUUUGAUUCGACUCCUGAUGAGGUGGCCCGACAGGCCUUGGGUUUUGUCGCAGGCUCAUCCACCUUCAUGGAUGUCAUCAAUGAACGCCAAGUGGACGCCCAACUUGCGUUAGAUUGGAUUAUUACUGCAGCAAACCUGGUGAAGCCCCAUGGGACCGUUACCGACUGGCGGAAGUUACUCGACGUUGCAUACCAGAACAAGUUUCAAUUCGAACUCUGGCCUGACAAAGUUCCCCCAGUUGGCCCAGACUUCAACUACCACACCCUCAGCGCACAACAUCUGAAGUUACUCGUCGUGCCUUACAUCAAGCGUAGGGCUUUGCAAUAUUAUGACACUGAACUGAAGACUGAAGCUGAGAACUUACUCGAACUUCGGUGCAAGCAAGGACGGAGCAAAAAAACUCUUGAUGAUAUCAUUGACGAGUUGGAUGUCGCUGUGUCUGAGAUUGAUAUUGUUCCUUGGCCCAAAGAUCACAUCGAGCAAUGUGAAAAAGACGACCCUAAAAUGUUUGAUAUUCCUUUGGUCACCAGCGCUUCCAAUAUCGUGCUCCGGAAACUCGCGGACUCCGAGAAAUUCAAGCACUCCAUCCCCCAAGGGUUGCUUCAAAAAUACAAGGAAGCAACAUCAGUAUGUGGUUCGAAUGUCGGUGUUCCUUCGGGAGGAAGGCAGCUUGGAGAUACUACUCGGGAUCGCCAGUCUCAACAACAGACCUCCGCUGCUCGUGAAUAUUCGAUUGUUCGUGAGAACCACUACACUGAUGAUGCAGAUGAACAACUUGCAUCUGAGGCUGAUAGCUUGAAUGCAUCAGACUCUCGCAUCACGAAGAAGUCAAAGUUAAUUUUCAGGUCGUACGUCAUCGUGAUGGUGCGCCACAUGUUGAAUUGCCACCUCUGCACUUUGUCCCUGCUCAUCCUCGACCCCAACUUCAAUCUUGACCUCGCCCUCGCCCUCACCUUCGUGCACCUACACCUGACUACGAACCACAUCAACACUGGGAUGAUGAGGUACAGCAGGUGUCUCCGCAUCAUCUUCAUUCCUAUGGGCAUAAUGUUGCCCAUCAUCAUCGCCAUGAUUUUCUGGCUGCAGGCCCUUCAAGAGUGGUUGCAAGGGCAUGUGAGAGAUCCAAUUAUGACAGGAACACUCCGGCUCCUGGGUAUGAUUCAUAUGAUCGUGAUUUCGUUUACCGUGACUAAUGUUUCAUAUCACUCGAACUAUUGUGCCAUCAUGGCUAUCCCACUCAAUAAAUUAAGAAUAAUGAACUAUCCCACUUAUAUAUAUAUUGGGUUGCUGGGUCAUACCAAGGAUCAAUUGAUGCCCAGUGUCUAUGUAAUAUGCGGUGGGCCAUCCCAGGGCUCGUAUUGGGCUGGCCCAUACAUAUACUGUCCCUUGAAUAUUGAACAAGCAACAAGAACAGGAGGGCUUGGUGAUCUGGUCCGUGGAACAGGAGUGGUGAUGGGUUGA